UUCCAAUCUAAACCAAACGGACCUUUGAUUGACUCACCAGCCAACAGCAAAUCUGGUAGAAUAGCCAAAUGUAUGUCAGGAAGUUGCCGGUGGAGGAACUACUUUUGUCGUUAGAUUAUCAUAGUGAUUUCUUUUUCGUUUCACUUGUGAAAUACAAAGGGACGCUCACAUGGGUUUUCCGAAAAAAAAAAAAUGCUUUUACACCCCCCAAGGGCCUGCAUGUUUUGAGACAGACUGGGAAAGUCAACUACACAGCAUUAAAUUGUUUUAUAAUGGGGAAAUACUGUCAGUCACUUCCAUAUGGACCGCUGACCGCUUUCAUUUUUGUAUUAACAGAGUACCGAACUACUGCCAGUGAGGCUACAAGUACCACACACUACGCUCCUUUUGAAGGUGCAGACUACUUAAAAUCUCUAGAAGGCUAUAUCCCAACCUCAUAGGUUACGACCGAAAAGUAGCCACUGGACUAAACAAACUCCAUAUCAUAGAAGGUUAUUACUCUGUUUUCUGUCUCUGUCCGCAAGUAACUCUGAGCUGGGCAUUUGAGUUGAGACCAUAAGUGUGUUUCUAACCUCAACUGACAAUCCACAUUCAAAGUGUUAGACUGCAGACGUGAGACAUUAAGCCACGGUGUAGCCUACGUGGUCAACCAACUACAGGCUGUUAUAUAAUAACGAGAGCCUGAUAUAUCUCGUUUACGGGAUGAAUUAUGUUAGUUGGUGAUCUCUCUUGUUUUGUUUACUUUGAUAUUACACUUAAUGAACUAACUAAUCUACUCCUGGUUAUCCAGGACAAAUAGUCCAGAUCCAUUUUUAAUCGAUCAUUUGUAAGGUUGAUGUCUCGCUGGGGCAUUGUGAUCUAUUCUUGUCUCAGGGCGGGGCUUGAUCCAUACUUUUUCUGUUUUGCUAAGUUUCCCUCUCUUGUGCUCCCCUGCUUGUCAGAUCGCAUUUGCUGAUAAAUCAAGGCAGCCUGUGUCCUGUUGGAGAGGGUCCAAACGAGAUCGAGUAGACAGCGUUCUCGUUGGCUGGAACUAGCCCUUAACGGUUCAAUCCAAUAGUACCCAAAAACCUUCGCCACACAGGGCUAAAGAAGCGAGCACGUCAGUAAUUUGCGCGACGAGGGACGAAACAAGCAGAGAUUUGAAGAUUGAGAGACAGAGGGGGGUUGCAUUGCAGCUGUAAGACUAAAACGAAGACCCUAUUUUUUCCCCGGAUACUUUACGAAGCAUGACGGUAACAGGAUGUUCAAAACAGACGUCAUAUUGAUAUGACUACUCUCUGGGAGUGCUCAUCACACUGCCAACCAGAAGAAGCAACAGCCCAAAACAGAACUACCGAGAACCAGAAGCCAGCCAUGACGUCCUCUCAAACAGACAGAACCUCCACCAGAUCCGUAUGACAGAGGUGUGGCAGGGACACACCACCACCUCAGAUAUAAACAAAAGAGAGAACGAAUAGGCACACCUGUGGUACCCUGACAUGGAGGUGGAGGGACAUCUGAACGCCGUGACAAACGAGAGCCCGGCCAAGUCCUCACCGCACUCCUGCGACCUCUGUGGCCGAACCUUCCCCUUCCUCAGCGCCCUCACGAAGCACAUGCUGAAGCACACUGAGGAGAAGCACGUCAAGGCCCCGACAGACGCCAUCAAACUAGACGGCAGUUUGGGUCAGACCAUGGAGAUGCAAGAGGAGCAGGAGGAGGGACAGCGAGAGGAAGAGGUGAAGAAGAAAGAGGAAGAAGUAGAAGGGGAGGAGGAGGAGAAGGAAGGAGGGGUUCCAGAGGAGCAGGAGGGUUGCUCCAGCCCCACCGAGAGUACCUCAGCCUGCAACCGAGUAGUCAAUGGAGGAGAGAAAGAUGCUGUGAAAUCCCAGAGGAAGGGAACAGGGAGGAAGGAGAGGAGUAAUUUGAGCCCCUGCCCUUUGCGGCAGAGAAAGCUACGUAGUCAGACGGAGCAGGAGCGGAACACGGCACUUCCUGAGGAGCUGUUCACCUGCCAGCUAUGUGGCUUUGAAGCCCCCAGCAAGGAGCAGCUACAGACCCAUGAAGAGAAGGUGCAUCUGCCUUCAGAUGCCCUCGCUGGUGGGGAGGGUUCUCCCGAGGAGGGAGCCCCUGAAGGUGACCUCACUCAAGGAGUGUACCCAUGUGGGCAGUGUGACCAAGUGUUCACACAGGCCUGGUUGCUCAAGGCCCACAUGAAGAAACACCAGGGCCCUCUGGACCACGGCUGCCGGAUCUGUGGACGUCGCUUCCGUGAGCCCUGGUUCUUGCGCAGCCACAUGAAGACACAUGUCAUCAGAGCCAAGCCUAAGGCUGGUGACUCUGAGGCCGCCGCUACUAUAAAUGGGGUGGUGCAGGAAGAGGCUGUACUGUUGAACGACGCGUGUCUCUAUGAACUUUGCGCCAAAUGUGGCAAUUUCUUCCAGGACCGCCAGACCUUGUGGUUACACGAGCAGGUCCAUGAGCGUGUCAGAGGUCACAAUGCUGAGAAAGAAAACGAGCCUGUGCAGAGCAACUCUAAUGACUCCAAUACUCCUGUCUCUAAGAAAGCUUUCCUGGAGUGCCUGAACCUUAGACCAGCAGGCUCCGUGGAGAAACCUCCAGAGGAGCACCCGGUGAAUCGAAUCCCCGAGCUCGACCCGAUAAGUAGCUACCAAGCCUGGCAACUGGCCACCAGGGGUAGGGUCGUAGAGGCCACUGAACAUAGCCUGGGUUGGGAGGAAAGGCUUGCAGAUGCUGAUGUGGCCUUCGACCGUGAAAAGGGCGAGUAUGUCCUUCUAAAGCAGGAGAAGAGAAAGAAGCAGCUUGUGGUUACACCCUCAAGCGCUCCGAGCGCCACCAAGAAGAAACGGCCAAACAACGGCACUGGGGAGAAAAAUGGACACGGCUCCUCGGGAGACGUGAGCCCGGAGAGCCACAGCGACUCUGAAUACCGCCCGACCUCCUCGAACAGUCGAAGGGCUUCCCAGAACAAGACCUCGGAGUGCCUGGAGUGUGGAAAAGGUUUCCGCUCUCAGCAGCAGAUGGUGAUCCACAUGCUGAUACGGCACGGAGGGGGCAGCGGUUUUGGUGCCGGCUUGGAGUCCUCCGCCCCGAUAUUCGGGGAAACGGCACUCUCCUUCUUAAAAAAUGCUGCAUUUAAGGAUCAGAAGCUGGCUGGACAAACCAAAGACUCAGACAAAAAGCCACCAGGCGAUCGGCACUCGGCUUCCAAGCACAGUGCAGGCUCUUCCUCAUCUCACCAGCAGGGGUCAGCACUGCAAAGCGACAGCACUGGAUCCACCGCUGCCAGCCUCAGCCUGGUGGGGGAGAGCGCUGACGGCUUGGCACUGGAGCCCGGCAAGCAGGACGGCCUCGUCAGGCACCGGUGCCAAUUCUGCACCCAUAGCACGCUCUUCCCGGAGGUGCUGUGGAUCCACCAGCGGGUGGCACACAAGGUGAACUGCAGCAGCCCACUGGCCCCCAAAUGGGCACUGAGGAACGGCUUGAAGGGCCCGCGCUCGACCCUGGAGUUCCGUCGGCGCACCGGCCCGCCGCCCUUCCUGGAGGGCAAGGACUGUCCGGCGAUGACUGAGACCCGUAAGCCACGCACCCAACCCCCGCAGCCCCAGAGCCCUGCGGGCAGCGGGUCAAAGACCGACCGCACCAGCACUAGUGAAUCCAGCCCCUCCCGAAACAGGGGACACCCCAACAAAGCCUCAGCCUCCUCAUCCUCCUCUUCCACUGCGUCCAAUCCCUCCUCCAAACCCAAAACAAGCAGCAGCAGUGGCAGCCGAAAGCGAGCUGCCGACGCUCCGCCGGCUUCCAGCCCCUCAGGAAACCCCAAGAAACCCUCAGCCGUGCCCAACCCAAAGACAGCCAGCAGGGCCGCCGAAAGCAGCCUCCUGCCCCAGGAGGGCCUUCACUUUGUCUUGGCCAGCCAGCACGGGCACGAGGAGCAGGGCAAGGUGGCGGUGGCCCCCUCCUCGCAGCGCAGGGAGGACACUCCGGCCACGGUCACGGCCACGGCCACAGCCUCUGCCCUGGCCCCGGCAACGGACUCACCCCCCCAGAACUCGUCCAGGAGGGCGCCAGAGAUGCACGGUAGUUAUCCAGGUGAUGCUUCUCAACUGGACAUCCUGAGCUUCUUGAAGAACUGCAGCCCGACCGAGCUGGCUGCCCUUUACCACCACUGGGGCCUUGGGACCACUGCCAUGCUAGAUCAAGCAGGAAUGGCAAGGUCCCUGUUCCAGCAGAUGAAGUAUGUGUGCCCUGUGUGCGGGAAAAGCUUCAGCCAACCCAGCCACUACCGCACCCACAUGAGAUCCCACACAGGUGAGAGGCCGUUCCGCUGCCGGUACUGCCCCUACAGCGCCUCACAGAAAGGGAACUUGAAGACGCACGUACAGACGGUGCACCGCGUGGCUUUCGACAACACCAGCUACUCCGAUGGGAGGCUCCGACCUGCUCAACUGGAGGACACGGCCCAUGGGCCCCCCACCCAGGACCACCUGGAGGGCGAGGCUGCUGACUCCGAAGGUCUGGGCUGAGGCGGCCUUCAUUCACCAAGAGAGAGGCUGUUAAGAGACUUCUCCCACCCCCCCUUCUCAAAAUAAAAACUCUUCUGCUGGUGUUUUCUGGAUGUCACUUAAAACCAACACAUUUGAAGGUAUCUUGCAAACACUAAGGACACUGGUUGUGAUUCACACUGUUUCUAGCCAAAAUGACUGCUUGCAAGGGGUUUCAACUAAUCCUCCCCCCUUUGACGUUUACUGAUUGAACUUUGGUGUUUUCAUGAAAAACACUCCAUCCCCCAUCCCCCAAAAACCUGAGAUAUGUAAUACUUGAGAACAAUGAAAAACUCAAUUCACUACUGAAAUAGUGAUGGGUUGAAGAUCCCUGUGUAUGAAAUUCAAUAUGAUGUGAAUUUCAGAGACUUUGACUUGAAGACUGUGGACCUGUAGACUUUCUUUUGAAUAUUGGAGUGCUUACUGUUGACUCCCAGGUUAAAAAAAACCGAAUGGUAACCAUAGCGUGAGUGAGUAGAUUUGCUAGCGUGGGAAGACAAGCUAGUGACUUCCUCCUUUUUAAACCUCAGGAUUAUUCUAUUAGUAAAACACGAUUCCAAAGCCUGUACUCUCAAACACUGCUUGAGAACUAGCAGGGAAAUGUUUUGAUACACACUGGCUGUUACUUGACUAUAAUUUAGUCAUUUUCCUCCUUUUGUAGUCAACCUGCAUAAGAGUGUACUUUUGCUCAGUCCAUGGCCAUGUGAAGGUUUCUUUAAACAAUUCCAUCUACACUCCAGUGUGUACUAAGUCCUGCAUUAAUUGUUAAUGCGUGAAAGAAAUUCCUAAUGCGUUUCAAGACUUGUGAGAACGAGUCAGCAUUUUAAUUAACAAUGGUUCUGUCCAUCUGUGAAGCAUUUUGGUUGAUCUUUGAUGUUUAUAUGUAGUAUCACCAUUACAUACUAUAAGCACGUAGCAAGAAUACCAUAUACUCUAGCUAGAUUUUAAAAGCAUUCCGAAUUUCGUUCAGAAUUACUUACACUGGUGUCGUAAAUCAAUCCGUCGGUAUGUCUGUGGUGGAAACACUGAAAUGGUCUCGCACUAAUGAAAAGGGUUUAGAGUGUUAUUUUAAACAAAAGGUUUUGAUUUUGACAAUGUCCCAGGGAUCAGUUAAUAAACGUUUUUUGAGUUUCUUUUCAGUGUUAGCGUUUAGUUUACUGGAUUUUACUGGACCACCACUGACCUCAUCACGGAGGAAGCAAAGGUCUGACCUCAUGUUAGGACUUGAAGCCAUUGUGAUAGUGAAUUAAUGAGGAUUUCUUAAUGUACAUAGCUGUUAGUUUGUACAAUGAUUCUAUGAGUUACUACAUUAUAGAGUGACAUACUAACUAAUCUGAAAAGACUGAAGGGCAUUACAGAAACAUAGUUUUUACAACGUGAAUGCUGUAAGCUGAGUUUUGAUGUUGAAGCAGUCAUUUGUACUCAAUAUAGCCGGUCUGUCUUUUUUAAGACAGGGCACCCCACAAGUUGAUACAAGGAUUUAAUUGAUUGAUCUAAUUAUAGUGAAAGAGUGGAUACAUAUUUCUUCUUUUUUUUUCAAAAACACUAACAAGCAAUGGUUGCUUUUAAUGACAUUCUGUCUCAUUUCUAUGUUUCAAAUUGAUGGUAGGGUUGUUUUUAUAUAAAAUAGAGGCAGAGCAGCCACUUUCCCUUUACAAGUAUUGAAUAAAUGAAUGUUGUGUUUUUUUAUAGGUGGGUUAGGCUGUAGCAUCGGAAGUCUCUUUGUUUUUAAUUAAGCCUUGUUUUUUUAUUUAGACAGUUGUUUCACUCACAAAAAUGGUAUGGUCAUGGUCCGGACAGACAAAAGAUCCCUCUUCCUGUACAGUAUCUUGUAUUACUUGAAUAUUGUUAUGAUUUUGAAAUAUCCUUCAAUAAAGACUACCCUCCUAAA